AUGCCAAGAUUAUUCACCAAGGCAACGGUGAAAAGUGAAACCAAACCUCCUUCCAGCUGCUCGGCAUCCAGAGCCAGACUGAAAGCGACGCGUCAGUCGGUUUUACUGAAGCAGGAGAUCCUGGAGGCCUCUGUCAUUUCCGACCCGAACCGAAACGACCCCGGCCAGGAGGACGACCCAGACUACAUGGUGGAGGUGGACGACUCGGUUUACACCAUCAGAGCUAAAGGCCUGGUGAAGCCCAGGUCGCGGGUGCGAGGGCCGAAAGUGAGCCGGGGUCAGAGGGAGUCGCUCCAGACCUGCAGGCUCUGCAAGAAAACCUUCAGCAACCUGCUGCAGCUCAAAGCGCACCAGUCCGUCCACGGAGCCAGCAGCGACAGGCCCUUCGUCUGCUCCCAGUGUGGGCGGGGCUUCUCCUUCCAGCGCAACCUCAGCGCUCACAUGCUGAUUCACAAGGAUGAGAGGCCUCACACUUGUGACGUUUGUGGGAAGGGUUUCACCUUGAAGAAGCUCUUGAGGAACCACCAGCGUCUCCACGGCGACGUGCGUCCAUUCUGCUGCGACCAAUGCGGCAAAAGUUUUUACAGAGCUCACGGACUGAAGCUGCACCAGAGGGUCCACACCGGCGAGAGACUGUACAACUGCCAGUACUGCGACAAAAGCUUCACCAUUCCAGGUAACCUGCAGCGCCACCUGCGCAUACACACCGGCGAAAAGCCGUACAAAUGCGGCACCUGCGGCAAAAGCUUCAACCAGGCCGACACGCUGAAGGGCCACCAGCGACUGCACACCGGGGAGCGUCCCUUCAGCUGCGAGACCUGCGGGAAAUCCUUCAUCCAGAAGAAUGCCUUGAAGAUCCACCAGCAGACAUUUCACCUGGACGAGAGGAAACUCACCUGCGUCGCAUGCGGCACCGUGGUGCCUUGCAUGGAGUCCCUACGCAAGCACACCCAGACGCACGCCAUGACCAUCCCGUGCAGCUGUGUGCACUGCGACCAGCGCCUGUGCACCAUCACGGAGCUGCGGGAACACCAGCAGCAGCACACGCUGGAGAGACCUCACUGCUGCGGGAUCUGCGAGAAGAGCUUCAAGUCGUCCAGCUACCUGAAGAUCCACCUGAAGGCGCACAGCGGCGAGCGGCCGUUCGCCUGCGAGAUCUGCGGACGUCUGUUCACGCAGCAAAGCAGCCUGAAAUCACAUCAGGUGGUCCACACCGGCGAGAAACCGUUCAGCUGUGACACGUGCGGUAAAUCUUUUGGCAACACAGGCAACCUGAAGAGGCAUCAGCGCAUCCACACGGGCGAAAAGCCGUUCAGCUGCGACAUCUGCGGCCGCUGCUUCAACCAGGGCAACAGCCUGAAGGCUCACCAGCAGAUCCACACCGGGGAGAAACCGUUCAUGUGCGACAGGUGUGGGAAGAGCUUCUCCUAUCUGAGGAACCUCAAGGACCACAAGUGUUUCUACGUUUGAAGCAACAGAUGAUCUGGUUCAGUUUGUGGAUUUUUAUUGACUCAGUUGCUGUUCAAAUGGAUUCAUGUCGGAACUUUUCUCCAGAAUUCAGGGCCGCAGGCUGGAUGUCCGGUUGGCUUAUUUCUGAGUAUGUUGGGUCUUGAAAGAGCUGUAAAAAUUAUUUUUUGUCUUAAACAAUAAAUGUGACAACAUUUUGUCCCAUCAAAAUUCA